AUGUUCAUCAUCCGCCGUUUCCAAAAAGCUCCUCCUCCCCCACCCACCACCGAAGACCCAAACACCACCACUUCCGACACCGACUCCUCCUCCUCCUCCUCCGACGAAGACUCUGGGCCCUACGAUGAAGCCGAAAUCGAAGCCUACCUCAACGCCUUCCGCAUCGAAAACGCCGAGGAGCCAGUCCCCGACUCCGAACUCGACCCAGACGCAAACUACAAAGACACAAUGGAAGCAUUACAAUCCCCCGCCGCGAAGAAACUCUUAGAGAAAAACGCCCGUCAGGCUGUUGACCCUUUCAAUCCGUUUGAUUUCCCUCCGGAUAACGAGGAUUGGAGUGAGGAGGAUUUGAGAGAGCUUUGGGAUUAUGGGAAUAACUCGAUUGCUGGUUCUGGUUGGGACCCGAAGUUGACUACUCCGGAGGAGUGGCAUUAUGUGAAGGGACAGCUUGCUAAGGGGAAAGACCUUCCUGUUGCUCCUUUUUAUCUUCCUUAUAGGAAACCUAUUCCGCCCAUACCAAAUAAUAAUGCUUCUAUUAAACGUCCUGAGGAUGUUAUUGAAGAGUUGGAUAGGAUUGAAGAGUUUCUCAAAUGGGUUAGCUAUAUUUUUGAAGAUGGUACCACAUAUGAAGGAACUGUUUGGGAUGAUGUUGCUCAAGGAAAAGGUGUUUAUUCUACUCAAGAUGGGCUUGUCAGGUAUGAAGGUGAAUGGGUUCGAAACGACCCAGAGGGUCACGGUGUUGUGGAAGUUGAUAUACCUGUUAUAGAACCUGUUCCUGGAUCCAAACUUGAAGUAAAUAUGCGAGCUGAAGGGAAGAUUAUAAAAAGGGAUUUUAUGUCCCCAGAAGAGAGAGAAUGGCUUGAUAAGGAUAUUGAAGAUAGUUAUCGUCUUGCAAAUGGACGAUACGAAGUCCCCUAUUAUGAGAAGAAAGCAUGGGUUGAGGAAUUUGGAAAAAAGCCGGAAAAAGGUCGCUAUCGUUAUGCUGGUCAGUGGAAGCAUGGGAGGAUGCAUGGAUGUGGCAUAUAUGAAUUUAAUGAGCGUAUCAUAUAUGGUAGAUUUUAUUUUGGAGAAAUAUUGGAUGAUGAUGAGGGGUGUGAUGACGAAACUUCAGCGCUGCAUGCUGGUAUAGCCGAAGUUGCUGCUGCAAAGGCUCGCAUGUUUGUGAACAAGCCUGAUGGAAUGGUAAGAGAAAAGAGAGGUCCAUAUAAUGAUCCACAACAUGCUUACUUGUACGAAGGAGAGGAUGUAUGGAUGGCGCCUGGUUUCAUUAACCAAUUUUAUGAAGUCCCUGAUUACUGGAAAACAUAUGCGCAUGAAGUUGAUCAGGAAAGAGAAGGGUGGUUGAACUCUUUCUAUAGAUCUCCUCUAAGGAUACCUAUGCCAGCUGAGUUGGAAUACUGGUGGUCCAAAGAGGAGAAUCACGAGCUUCCUGAAUUUAUCCUCAUUAACAAUGAACCCGAGCCUGAUCCCGAAGACCCAUCAAACAAAAUAUACACUGAGGAUCCUCUCAUCCUUCACACUCCAACCGGAAAUAUUAUCAAUUAUGUCGAGGAUGAGAAACAUGGAAUACGGAUGUUCUGGCAACCCCCUUUGAAAAGAGACGAGGAGGUAGAUCCGGAAAAGGCUACGUUCCUUCCCCUUGGUUUUGAUGAGUUUUUUGGGAUAGAAAAGGAGGAGAAGAAGCUGAAAUCAUCCACGCCGUGGUUUGAAAAAGUGGGAAAAUGGGCUGAAGCACAGAUGAAAAUUAGUGAAGUGAAAAAGGAGGCAAAUGAGAAACAACUUGAACUUAUAGAAGCUGAAAUAUGUCUGGAAGAGGCUAUUGAGGAUAUGGAAGAGUUAUUUCGCAGAAGAGAGAAAGAAGAGAGAAAGAAGUCUGAAUUGGGUUUGCCAGAUGAAGAUGAUACAGUAUCUGUAGCCAAACAAGAUGGAAAAGCCCGGGUAGAUGAGGAAGAGGAAGAUGACGAAGAUGACGAGGAUGAUAUUGCACCAUCGAGUUUUGGGUCCAUUGAGCCAGAACAAAAGACAGAUCAGCAGAAGGAAAAACCUGGCAAAUCUCCCUUUUCUACAUCUUCGCUAGCAUUUGCUUCUAGCAGCCUUAUCUCCGCGGUUCCAUCCAAGCUGCAACAAUCAUUUACCUUCUGGAACAAGGUUGGAUCAAAACCAGGGUUGAUUCCUCCUGCGCAGCGCACUGAUCGCACCAGCGAUGUGAAAACAGUUUCUUCAGUCAGUUUCCCUCCGGCGACAGGCCAAAAGGGUAGGUUGAAAGCCACGGGUAAAACACAGGAAAAAGCCGAGGCAAGAAGUUAUUUAGGUGGGAAAUUUCUUGAGGUAUCCUCUAUGUCUCAGACUCGAUCAUGUUAUAUGGCUUCUGCAAGUUCAAAGAGCAUCUCAAAGGAGCAGAGAAGGAGUGGUGAUGUGUGGUUGCAUUCGGCACCAGAAAGGGAUUUAGACAGCGUACUAUCUUUGAAUUCAAUUUCUUCAAUGAACAAUUUUCAUCCAAAUACCCAAAGAGAUACUUCAUUUCAAAUUUAA